UUGAGUUUCAGGCCUACACCAUAUUGUAAAUUAUUAUUAUUCGUAUUUCGUAAUUAGUUCUAAUAAUUAGGGCGUAUAAUUUAAAAUUUAAAAUAUAAACAAACAUUGUUUUAUGCAUUUUGAAUUUUCAAAUUGAUUGUAAUUAUAAUAAAUAAGCUGAUUUUUUCACAUCCUUAACGUUAUGUACCCAUUUGGGUUUAUUUGAAUUUUUUUACAAAUGUGUAUCGCCACUAUUAAAGUGCAUAUAGUAUGGCAUUAAUGAUGUCAAUUGGUGUAAGAACACAUGCUUAAUGGCGCCAUCUGAAAAUGACAAAGAAGUUAUAGGUUGCACAUGCAACUUAGCGCCUUUCGAUAUACCCAACAAAUUCCUCUCCAAAACGUACAUUGAAGCUCUGUUGAGAGGGUUAAAUAGUUCACGAAAAAAUGAUGUCUUUUGCGACAUACAACUUAUGUCGAAAGGCUACUGUAUUAACGCACACAAAGCAAUUUUGGCGGCUAGUAGUCCGUAUUUUUAUGCCAUGUUCACUAAUGGAUUAUUGGAAGCUGGCAAAAAGUCGAUCGAACUACCAUCGGUUUCACCUGGUGUACUAGAAAUAUUAAUCAAUUUUAUUUAUACAGGGGAAGUUAACAUUUAUCAAGAAAAUGUCGAAGAAUUAAUGAUAGCCGCAGACAUGUUACAAUUGAACGAUGCUGUUAGUUGUUGUACAGAGUUCUUAAAGAGCGAGAUACAUUCAUCCAACGCUAUAGGUCUCCUAAGAUUUGCGGAAAUGCACAAUUUUUCAGUUUUGCAUAAAUUAGCUGAAGACUUCAUCUAUGGUAACUUUGUUCAAAUUUGCGAAGAAGAAGAAUUGGGAGAUCUAACCAAAGAUCAGUUUAUUAAAUUUCUCAACAGUGAAUAUCUGUGCGUAGAUUCUGAACAACAGGUGUUUCGUGCCGCUAUGAAAUGGAUUAAAAACGAUCUUCCCGACCGGCGUCGUUAUAUUUUUGAAAUACUCUCGUGUAUACGCCUACCUCUUAUGAGUACCCAAUUUUUAGAACGAGAAAUCAACGAAAACACCGAUGCCAGUUUAAGAGUAGCCCUUCGUUCUAUAUACACAGAUAUAGCCGAUGGUAUUGGCAACCUGGUCGCUUUGCAAGUCGAACCGCGCUUAGGAGCGAAAAAAGAUAUUUACAUUUUAGGCGGAUCAAAAAGAGAAAUAUGCAGUGCCUGGUCUCGCUAUACAGAGUCCACGUUCGAAUCCGUAGUCAAGUACAAUACUUUUAGGAAAGAAUGGUGCGACAUUAAACCAAUGAACAUAGGACGAAUAAUGCCGGGAGUGGCAAUAUUGAAUGGCUGUAUUUACGUUGUAGGAGGCGAAAACGAAUCUCUCAUCCUGUCAAACGGAGAAUGUUACAACCCUAUUGAAGACCAGUGGUCUCCUGUUGCCGGAAUGACCGUUCCCCGAUGUGAAUUUGGGAUGGCCGCUUUAAACGGAUAUCUAUAUGCGAUCGGAGGAUGGGUUGGAGACGACAUCGGAGGCUCUAUAGAAAUCUAUUCUCCAUCGUUGAACCGUUGGACAAUGUGCAGUAGUGUACUACCUGAACCUCGGUUUAGUAUGGGAGUCGUUUCAUUUGAAGGUUUAAUUUAUAUCGUCGGAGGAUGUACUCGCACUAAACGUCACCUUCAAGACCUAUUGAGUUACAAUCCAGUAACCGGCGAAUGGUCUGUUCUGGCACCAAUGUUAGUACCUCGCAGUCAGAUGGGCGUUUCCGUAAUGGACAAACACUUGUACGUCGUCGGUGGAAUAACCAGUAACAACGAAGUGUUAAAUUUGGUCGAACAGUACGACUUUGAAGAAAACACUUGGAGCUUUGUGUCGCCUAUGAAGGAAAAACGUGCUAGUCCAGCUGUAGCUGCUGCGGAUGGCAUGCUCUACGUAAUUGGUGGCGACAUAACACAUACUAUAAACUCGUACAGAUCGCAAAUAACUAUAUCUACAGUGGAAAGGUACAACAGUUCAACGUCUCAGUGGGAAGGCUUGCCUCCGCUCCCAGAAUCCAGAAGCGAAGCUGGAGUCGCAGUACUAUAAAACGACAAGCACAAAUUCAAAGCGCAAAUGUGAAUUCUAAAGAUAAUUUCCUAGAAAUAUUGAAUUGUAUUAUUGUAACGUUUUUUUAUUUUUUGGACUCGAGUAUAUAUGACCGCACAAAUAUUUCAUAAUACUUUUAAAAUAAAACUUAUCGAUGAAACACCAGAAAACUUUUUUUUUAUUAUGUCAAUAUUCAUAGAUAAUUGUAAUUAUCUAAUA